AUGAUUAGACAUCCUACUAUUCUAAAAUCUUAGGUCGAAGGUGAUCUAACUAUUAAAUAAGUUGAAUUUCUCAGACUAAAAAGGCUUACUUUUUAUUUAGUUACUAUUUUUUCAUUUGGUAUAUCCUCGAUUGUGUGCUAUUUCAAUAUCAAUUUGAAAAAAUAUUUCUUCUAUUCAACGCAAAAUUGUAUUGAAACUUCAACUCACGUACUAGUUCAAACAACAAACGACAAGUUUUAAAUUGAGAAAUUAAAUAGCUAAAUAAAGGACAGAACAUUAUAAACAUAUUUUUUAAAUAGAAAAAUAAAAUACUUUUAUGAUCAAAGUGAGCAUUCAUUCUAAGCUCUUUAGUUAGAAAUCGAGGGUAAAAAGAUAUCUGAAAUCGCCAAGAGCUCGCCAUAAGACCCUCAAGAAAUCGAAUAAAAGAUAUAGCUUUUUGGAAAAAGCUUUAUAGAAAUUAAAGUUCCUUCAUACUUUGAAUAUAUGGGUUCAUAGAUGUUUCAACCUAUGAAUUUUAUUUUCUAUUUUGGAUAGCUUGUUUUACUGCUUUAGCUUUUUUACUCCUUCUUUGCCAUAGCUUUAAGUGCAUAAAUUAUCAUUAUGUCUAUUAUUUAUAUUUUUGUUAGAAAGACUAAAUAGUAACUUAAAGAAGCUUGUAUGCAUGAUUUAUAAGUUUAAGUUCAAAGGUCAAAUGGUAUUCAAACUGUUUCUUCAACCGAGUUGGUACCAGGAGAUAUAAUUAUCAUAAACCAAAACAUAACUCUUCCUUUUGAUUGCAUUCUUUUAGAGGGAUAGAUGUAAGUUAACGAAGCAAAUAUAACAGGUGAAAGUAUUCCUGUGAUAAAGAGCCCACUACCUUCAAAUUCUGACUUAACAUUCAAGUAUGAAAAUUAAAAAUCUUAGGUAUUACUUGAAGGAACUUCAAUUAUAAAAUUAGAAAUGGAUUCAGCUAAAGCUCUAGUAGUUAGAACAAGCCUAAGUAGUUUUAAAGGAUAAAUUAUUAGAGCCUUGCUUUAUCCUAAGCCUUUUGAUAAGCGCUUUGUUUUACAAGGCGCUAAGUUUAGCUUACUGAUGGUACUAUUCUGUUCUAUUGCUUUCUUCUGUGUCCUUUACUAAUACUACAAUAUUAAUCUUUCUAAUUGGUAAAUAACGCUUAGAUAUCUUGACAUGAUUCAGUUUUGCGUACCACCAGCAGUUCCUAUUAUCAUUAAUGCUAUGAUAUUUUUUGGUUUAAUGAGGUUAAAAACUAAAAAUAUAUUGGGAUCAGAUCCUAUGAAGUAAAUAUAGGCAGGACGUAUCUAGACAAUUUGCUUUGACAAAACAGGAACGCUUACUGAAAAUUUUGUGGAAAUAAUCGGGUAUUCUCUUCCUUAGCAUGAAAAUUUAACAAUCGUGGGUAAAGAUGAGAAUUCUCAUUCAAACGAAAUUAUUGAUAAAAUACUUGGGAUUUGCCACUAAGCUUCUGCUUCGGAUGACCAAGAAACAAUUGUAGGAGAUCCGAUUGAUAUUUAAAUGGUUUAGUUCAGUGGAUGGACCAUAGGUCAUGACUAAGAAAAAAAGCUACCUUUUGCAUCAAAAAAGGAUAAUAAACUCUACUCUCUAUUAGUUAAUGAAUUUCAUUCGGAAUUUCAGUCUAUGAGUGUGGUGAGUUAAGAUACAUAGAAAAAUAAAUAUUAUCUUUUUAUUAAAGGCUCUCCUGAAGUCAUUAUAUCUAGAUGCCACUCUUAAGAAUAAAAGGAAGCCUAUCUUCAGAAACUACAUUAAUUUGCUGUUAAAGGUUAUAGAGUUUUAGGUUUAGGAUAUAAGGAACUUUCUUUCGAUAAUUUGGAGAAUUUUAUCAAAAUGCAGCGCUCAGACUAGGAAAAAGAUAUUUGCUUUUCAGGAUUUUUGAUAUUCAAGAAUAAUCUUAAAAAGGACACAAAGUAGGUUAUUGAAGAGCUUAAAUAAGCUGAAUUAAAAAUCAAGAUAAUAUCUGGAGAUAAUCCUAUUACUACGAUAAAGAUAGCAGAAGAGUGUUCAAUUUUAAAAGACACAAAUAGCAUAAUUUUAUUAGAUCAUGCUAAAUAAUAAUCUGAAUUUUUAAAUAUUUAUGAAAUAAAUGAAGAAGGUCAUAAAACCGAGAUUACAUUUCAAGGAAACUAAGAAUAAAUACUACAACAAUAAAUUAGUUUUUGUGUGGAUUCUAUUAAGCAAAAUAAAAGUUUUUGUAUGACAGGUAGUGCAUAAAGCUUUUUCUAAGAUCGUCUUUAAAUUCCUAAAGAGCAUGCAUAAGGUGCAAUUCAGCAAUAAUCAAAUUAAAAGCUAGAAUCUUUUUACAAAUUAUUGAUUCUGCAUUCUUAAAUAUUUGCAAGAACAUCUCCUGAAUAGAAGGCUUUGGUUGUAAAAUAAGUUAAAGAAUUGGGAUAAAAUGUUUGUAUGGUUGGAGAUGGUGCAAAUGACUGCUCUGCAAUAAGAGAAGCUGAUAUAGGUAUUUCUUUUUCUGAUGCAGAUGGACAGUUUUCUGCCCCAUACAUUUCUAAAUAUCCUUCAAUAGAAUGUGUUAAAUAAAUACUUUUGGAAGGUAGGGCUGUUCUCUAAACUAGCAGAGAAAUAUUUAAAGGAUACAUUUAAAUUGGUAUAUUAAGAUUUAUGUGUUUUUUGGCUUUAAGUUACUUUUAUAGUGGUCUUGGAGAUUUUUAGAUGACUUGGUAAGGCUAUAUCUUUGGAUACACCAUGAAUUAUAUUUUAUAUGGCUUGAGUAAGCCUGUCAAAAACCUCUAGAAAAUAACUAUUGAUGAUGACUUUUUUGGAAUCCACACCCUUAUUUCCAUGGUUUUUUCAUUAUUGGUGUUUAGUUGCCAGUUUGUUGUUAUUUUAAAUAUACUUUAAGAUAGUCCUAAUUACAUACCUACUACAUAACUUUAAAGUAAUGGGCAUUUAGCUAUAAUAGGGCAGGAAAAUACUCUCAUGUUCAUAGCUGUCUUAGUGAAUUAUCUUUACAUUUAUUUAUCUAAUUAUAGAAGCUCACCUAUCAAGCAACCUAUUUUUAAAAAUUACUUAUUUUUCAUCUCAGUCUUACUGUAAGCUUUAUACGCUAACAUCAUAAUAUUUACAGAUAAAAUUAACGUAUCAUCUAUGAACUUAAAGCCUAUAUAUGAUAAUGAUGCAGAAAUCAAGAUUUUCUUUAGUCUCCAUGGAUUUGGAAUGAUAAUUUACUUAUUCGAUUUCAUAUUCACUAAAAAUCUAUUCUCUAAAGCCUAUCAAAAGAAGUAUCAAAACAAAUAAUAACAAAUAACAUUUAAUUUGUAUUAAAAAUUAUAAAUCUGA